AUGAAAGAAAGAAUCAUAAACCGAAUUGACUAUGGAUCAACCGGCCAUUUCCAAAUUGCACUGGUGUCAGAGCCCUAUGUGGGAUCUGGCAAUAUUGUUAAACCCAUCCCUGGUAUCAAUAUAUUUCAGUUCCCCAAUGGUAACAGGGUCAAAGCGUGCAUAAUGACAAAAUCUAGCUGUGAUUCCGUAAUAGGUCUAUCCCAAUUUUCAUCGGCUAAUUUCAGCGCAGUUAUAUUGAAUAUUGAGGGCAGUAAACUGUACAUAGCAUCCGUCUAUAUCGAGCCUAAUAGUGAUGAAAACAAUACAUUGCAAAGGGUAGAAAACUUUUUAAAAAUGACCAGUAACUGCCAUCAGUUGAUUGGCGGUGAUUUUAACGGUUGGCACCCUAUCUGGGGUAGCGACCAAGCAAAUUUGCGGGGAAACGAAGUUGUUGACAUUGCCUAUGGCAAUGACAUGUUUUUCUGUAAUAUAGGCCAUACUCCUACUUUUGAGACAGUUUCAUAUGGACAAGUGCGUAGUUCUUAUAUUGAUCUUACCCUUGCCUCUAGCUCUAUUUAUGACCGGGUUGUGGACUGGAAAGUUGAUUCUUUAAUCUGUCCAUCUUCUGAACACAGGGCAGUAAUAUUUUCAGUCGCAACUCGUGGUGAAAGAAGAAAAACCAACAAAACAACCAGUACGUUUAGAUACAAUACGAAUAACAUAAAAUGGGAGGAACUAAGACCUUUCUUUGAAACUAAAAUUAUGGAAUAUGUACCCCAAAAUGUUACAGUUGAACAGAUGCAGGCAAACGAAUUGGAAGAUUACAUAAUUUCAGUUACAUCGGCAAUUCAAAGAACAUGUGAUGAGCUGCUCCCAAGGUCAACUGGUCGAAAAUACCGCUGCCCUUGGUGGACAGACGAACUUGAAAGUCUCAAAAAACAAGUAAUACGCAACCAUCAUAACAUACAAAAACUUUGCCGACAAAAUAAACCACUUAAGGACGCCCUUUUGGAAAAAGAACGCUUAAAAACUGCUUAUUCAAAAACCUUUAGAGAAACUUCCACGCGAAAUUUCAGAGACUUUUGUGAAAGGCAAGGGAAGGAGGAUGUGUGGUCCGUUACAAAUAGAAUAAUCAAAUCAAACCCACCUCCGCUACCACCAGCCACACUAAAGAAAUGCGAUGGUACAUACACCAACUCUAGCCUCGAAACCGCCCAAGCUCUUCUUAAUAAGUUUUUUCCCGAUGAUGACAUAAUUGAUACAACACUUCAAGAAGAAGCUCGGAAAAUUGCAAUUACCGUAUCUAAUACUCAAGAUGAACCCCCCUUUUACCUAUGA